AUGGGUGAACUUAAUGAGAAUUCUAUCAAUUCUCUUAUUGAAAUGGGUAUUCCCAGAGAUAUCGCAAUUGAUGCUUUAUCGAGAGCUAAUGGUAAUUUAGAGGCUGCUGUGAAUUUCAUAUUCUCCAAUGAGUUACCUGCAGAGGCUGAGAACUCAGAUAUUGAAAUCAUCUCUUAUAAGGAGAAAGCUAAUCAUGUUGAAAUAUCUAAUAAAGAGUCAUUCCAACCCGGAGAUUUGACAGAAGUGAUUGCUAAUCAACAACCUUUACAACCAGAAUUCCAGAACUAUGUUAACGAUAAUUCUGAGAAUAUUGAUUCGAACUGUUAUGUAAGUGAUAAGAUAGUUGAUAACAUGGAUUAUUAUUCGUCCGACAGUGAUUAUAUUACUAAUUCUGUAACAGAUAACUUGUUACCUCCAUCUUAUCAAAUAGUCAAACACUCGGAUCAUAAAAGUCGUUUAAGAGAUCCUACUGUGAUAUUACCUUUACCUCCAAAUUCUAUGAUUGAGAAUUAUUUUGCACUUUAUUCUUUAUGUAUCACAAAUUAUCUGCCACAUAUCAUUAUGAGACCUGAUUUUAAAGAUCUAUCCUUUACUGAAGAUUGGUUUAAGGGGAGUAGCUUCUCUAAACCGAAAAACGUUUUAAAAUCUGUUACUGAUGAAACUACAAGUAAAUCGACGAUGAAAAUUUGUCCAAUCGAAGAUAUGAAUCAAGAUGACGAUCAACCAGAGUUACUGUGGCAAUUACAAAAAUUAUCAUCUAUUGUUAAUUCUACAAUGUCUGAAAGGGCUUAUGUCUGUGCAAAAAUAUUCUCUGUCAUCUUAGACCAACAAUCUCAAAUCAGAUUGGCUGAAGCUGAUCAUUUAAAUGAGGUACUACCGUCAUUUAUUAAGUAUUUGGUUGUUAAUUUAGAGAGUUGUCCAGGAUUUGAAGAAGAUGAAAUUAGGAAGCUAUUCAUUUCUUCUGCAUUUUAUACCCCAUCUGACGACCAAGCACCAAUAACAACAUUGCUGUCUUUAUUCCAUUUUUUGCCUGACGAGUAUGAUUCUAAUCUUUACAAAAUGUUUAAUGUGCUACUAUACCCUGAUGAGAACGACAGUGACUAUGAGUCGGGAGAUGAAUCAGAGCAAGGGAAUUCAUUGGGCGAUAUAUCACCAAUUUUAUCCAUCGUAUUCGAUGAAGCUGAAGAAGGUUCCUCUGGUAUAUCAUUACCAGAAGGUGUCGAGGUACCAUUAGAGUUUUUUCCCCAAAUCUAUACGAAGGAUUGUAAAAAUAAAUUGAUUAAACAUAUCAUAGCCAAAAGAAAGGAUGCCCAAUUUAAAUCAAAAGAAAUUUUGAAUGACAUCAAUAGCAUUAAGAGCUUCCAAGGUAAGGACAUUUUGAAGUUCAUCAACAGUUCUUUAGAAUACCUGGAGAGAGAUAAUAAAUCAGAUAAUAUUACUGAAGAAUUACUGAAAAUAAAAAAUGAUAUGGCUAUUGUUAAAACUCAAAAAAUGAAUGAAUAUAGAGAUUUAGCUCAAAAAUUACAAAAUGAAUGGAAUAUAUCCAAUCCUGAAACUCAUAUUGUCGAAACAGGAAGAAAGCUGGGUCUAAUCGGUGAACCAUAUCUAUUGGUAAUGGCGGUACUAUCACCUUAUUCAUAUUAUAUUAGGGAAAGAACAGGCAAGUGGAAUUUAGUUCAAUGUUCUACUACAGGAGGUGAUUUUGAUGUAAGAGAAUGUUCAUCUGAAUUAGAAGUUAAAGAUACUAUAAAACAGGCUACUAGACAUGCUAGUGAAACACCUUUAAUGUUUAUGUAUUGCAGAAGAGAUGUAAUACCAGAAGAAUAUGAAAUUAGAAAAUCAUUCGAAAGCAAUUCAGGAUGUUUGAAUUUUUUCAAAGAAGAUCAACUAGUAUUAAACAAGAUGAAUAACUCCGAUGAAAACAUUUAA